AUGUCUCUUCAGUCCGGAGUGCGGAGGACACUCCGCCAAGCCCUCGUCUCCACACGCCAGCAUUUACACCACCAGACAACACCAAAACAGACAUCACCAACAUCAUCCUCCCCAGUCCGAUUCUUCAGCUCCUCCCCCAGAACACCACUACAAGACGAAGAAGGAACCUCCGGAAAAGAAGGCCAAUACGCCCGAACAGACCACACCAUCCAAGUUUCCUACCCCGGCCCAGCCUCCACCCAACUCCCCCCAACGGACAAUCUCGUCAAAGGGAUCGGCCAUGGAGGUGUCCCUACACUGCCUACCUUUUCCCUCCAGGGCAAAGUAGGUGUCGUGACCGGUGGUGCGAGAGGCCUUGGGUUAGUGAUGGGUCGUAUGUUCUUUUUUUUUUCUUUUUUCAGAUCCCCGCUUCCCCACCCACAUUGUCUGAUACUGACACGGAAAACAGAAGGAAUGGUCGUAAGCGGCGCCUCGCUCGCCAUCGUCGACCUCAACAAGGAAGAAGCCACCAAGCAAGCCUCCCUCAUCCUCGAGACUUUCAAGCGGGACAACCCCUCUUCAGACCAAAUCCCCACCAUCACAGCCCACUACGCCGACGUCUCGGACCCCUCCUCGGUCCAGGCCUGCAUUCAAGAGAUCAUUUCUGCUCACGGCAAGAUCGAUGGCCUUGUCACCUCGGCCGGAUUCACCGAGAACUUUGAGGCGGUUUCCUACCCUUUUGAUAGGGUCCGGAAGCUGUGGGGGGUGAAUGUGGACGGGACUUGGCUGUUCGCUACCGAGGUGGCGAAACAUUUGAUCGAGAGGGGGGCAAAAGGGAGCAUGGUUUUUAUUGGGAGCAUGUCUGGAGCGAUUGUCAAUGUGCCGCAGCCGCAGGCGCCGUAUAAUGCGGCAAAGGCGGCCGUGAGGCAUAUGGCGAGCAGUCUGGCGGUGGAGUGGGCCAAGUAUGGGGUGAGGGUGAAUGUGAUUAGUCCGGGGUAUAUGCUGACUGCUUUGACUCAAAAGAUUCUCGAUGACAACCCGGAUUUGAAGGAAAAGUGGACGAGCUUGAUUCCGCAGGGAAAGAUGGGCAAGCCCGAGGACUUGAUGGGCCCGGUGACGUUUCUGCUGUCGGAUGCGAGCAGCUAUGUUACGGGGGCGGAUUUGAGGGUUGAUGGGGGGUAUACCUGCACUUGA